GCCAUUUCUACAAAUGUAUUUUGAAAAAUAAGAUUUUAUAUUUUUAGACUUAAAUAAUUGUUGCAAAACGGUUUAUUACCAAUUCAAUAAAUAAAUAUGAUAAUUGAUAUUUAUGUAUACGUAAUAUAUUAACUAUAUGUUUGUAUUUUCAUCACCAAAGCUAUGCACGUACAUGUUGCCUCUUCAAAAUUUGUGUGCAAAUGAAAACAGCUCUGUCAAACCAUCAAAAUGACAGUUCACUACUAGCAUUGUAUAGCAUGAAAUGUAUUUGAACAUCAAUUGCUAAACAUUAGCAAUGGGCAGUCUCCAAUGGCAAUAUUGCUAGCAAUUCAGAUUUUUAGCAAUCGGUAAUUGCCUGUCGAGAUGCGCCUUAAAGCAUUAUACUGUGAAUGGUGUUGUAAAGGAGCAUUGCUGAAAGAAAAUAGUAAAAUAGUAUGGCAAUUCUGUUGAGAAUUAUCCACAGACCGGCACCUGCCUUAAUGUUGUGAUGUGACGUGGAGAGUAUACAUAUUAUUAGUUUUAUAAUCCUGCUGCGUUAUAUUUAAUUAUAAAAUAAUGGCAACAAUUGGCCAACAAAGCAAUUUGGGGCAAUGCCUAAGUAAAAUUGCUCUAGGAUUAAUAUUGUGUGGUAUUAUUUUCUCACUACCAUCACUUAGUUUUGGUCAUAGUGAUAAUCCAAGCUUCAAGUAUUCAAGAGAGGCGAAUGAAAACUUCGAUCCAAAAGAGACUGUUCCAGUGCACGACCAUCACGAUCAUCAUCACCACCAUCAUGACCAUCAUCAUCCUCAUUCACAAGAUGAUCACAGUCACGAUCAUGAAGAUGAUCACCACCACCAUACGGGGAAUCAUAAACAUGAGCAUUACCAGAAGAAGGCUAAAGUCCCACAAGAUAUGACAAGUAUUUGGAUACACUCUAUUGGAUCUACAUUGCUUAUUAGCGCUGCGCCAUUCGUCUUACUAUACACCAUUCGCUUAGACAAUAGUGAAGCAAUGAAGCCCCGUCUUAAAAUUAUAUUGGCAUUUGCAUCUGGUGGUUUAUUGGGCGACGCUUUUCUACAUCUUAUUCCACAUUCCACUCAUCCACAUAGUCAUGAUGAGCAUCACUCUCAUGGAGAAGCUCAUAGUCACAGUCACAGUAAUGGUCAUGACCAUGAACAUGGGCAUGAUAUGAAAGUUGGUCUAUGGGUGUUGAGUGGAAUUAUUGCGUUUCUUGCAGUUGAGAAAUUGGUAAGGCUUUUAAAAGGUGAUGAGCAUGGGCACAGUCAUAGUCAUUCGCAACCAAAGGAAACAAAUGCGAAACCAUCAAAAAAGGCUGAUGCUAAAAAGUCGGAAAAUCGAAAAGCUGUUAAAAAUGACAGUGAAACUAACAAGGUAAAAAUAACUGGAUAUUUAAAUUUAGCUGCUGAUUUUGCCCAUAAUUUUACUGAUGGUUUGGCUAUUGGCGCGUCAUACUUGGCCGGAAAUAGUAUUGGAAUUGUAACAACAAUUACGAUAUUAUUGCACGAAGUACCUCAUGAAAUUGGAGAUUUCGCCAUCCUAAUUAAAUCCGGUUGUACCAAACGUCAGGCAAUGAUGCUGCAAUUAGUAACUGCACUCGGCGCUAUUGCUGGCACUGCAUUAGCUCUACUGGGGGCUAGUGGUGAAGAUGGCUCUACGGCAUGGGUCCUACCAUUCACAGCAGGCGGGUUUAUAUAUAUCGCAACUGUGAGUGUGCUUCCCGAAUUGUUGGAGGAAUCAACAAAAUUGGGCCAAUCAAUAAAAGAGAUUGUAGCUAUGCUUAUCGGCGUUGGUUUAAUGAUAUUCAUCGCCAAAUUAGAGUAAGAAUUAUAAAUUUCUAAAACAUGUUAGUCGUUUUUUUGUAAGCAAAAAUACAAAGUAACAAAAACUUUUCAAAUAAUUAUAUAAUUAUAAAUAAAUUGUUUUUACCGUAAUUUUAUUUUUUUU